UCAGAUUGGACGAUAUAUCGAUAGAAAUCGAUUGGUAUCUAGUUAUUUCGUAAGAUACUAAUAAAUAACAGAUGCGAAUAUAUUAAACACUUAUAUAGUUUUAAAAACAAUGUUACGAAAACUCAAUGCUCCAACGACUAAUUUGGUGCGAACAGCAUCGACACGCGUCGAAAAGCUGGAAGAAAUUCGUGAACGGUUAUCAAAGGGCCCAAAUUUUCAAGAUUUUAUCCGAAAUUCGGACGGUGUGAAAGACGACUGGGAUAACUACGAUGGCAAAUUGCGUCGCGAAAAGGGAGAAACCCAACAAUUGCGUCUGCCUCCAUGGUUAAAGACAACAAUCCCAAUGGGCAAGAAUUAUGCUAAGAUUAAAUCUCAGCUACGAGACUUGAAGCUGUCCACAGUGUGCGAGGAGGCGCGUUGCCCCAACAUCGGCGAAUGCUGGGGCGGUGGCGAGCAUGGAACACAGACGGCGACAAUUAUGCUAAUGGGGGACACUUGCACGCGCGGCUGUCGCUUCUGCUCGGUAAAAACUGCUCGAGCGCCUCCGCCUUUGGAUGUUAACGAACCUGUGAACACGGCCAAAGCAAUUUCAUCCUGGGGCCUGGAUUAUAUAGUGUUGACAUCUGUGGAUCGUGAUGAUCUUCCUGAUGGCGGCUCCAAACAUAUUGCAGAGACAGUACGUGAAAUUAAAGCACGCAACUCCAACAUAUUUGUAGAGUGCUUGGUGCCCGAUUUUCGUGGAGAUUUCGAGUGUGUAAAGACAAUUGCGAGUUGCGGUCUUGAUGUGUAUGCACACAAUAUAGAAACAGUGGAAAAGCUAACGCCAUUUGUACGUGAUCGCCGUGCUCACUAUAGACAAACACUUCAAGUGUUGCGCGAGGCCAAGAAGUUCAAUCCGAAUCUCAUUACAAAGAGUUCCAUAAUGCUGGGUCUAGGCGAAACGGAUGCAGAAGUAGAGCAAACAAUGUUAGAUUUGCGAGAAGUUGGCGUCGAGUGCUUGACCCUUGGUCAGUAUAUGCAGCCUACAAAGAGGCACCUCAAAGUCAUCGAGUAUGUUACGCCGGAGAAAUUUAAGCAUUGGGAGCAGCGAGGCAAUGAGCUAGGUUUUCUUUAUACUGCCAGUGGACCUCUUGUGCGUAGCUCUUACAAAGCUGGCGAGUUCUUCAUUACGAGCAUCCUAGCAAAUCGUAGAAAAUCGGUUUAACUGAAUGGAACUCAGAUUGAUUCAAAUUUAUUUGUUUGUACAUACAUAAAUUUGUUAAUAAAUUGUUAAAUAUAUAGCUUAAUA